CACAUUGGCGUAGACCAGCUGGUUGGCAUCAAAGUAAGGACCAGCCCAUCUUAUUAUCUAUCUGACAAAUGGAUGCUUUCUUCGGUCAGGUGCGUUUGUUUCUGCGUAGACUUGACCAGUGGCUGACAACUGCUGAUGAACCAGAGGCAAUGGUGCAAGGGGAUGCUGAUGAUCUUCUUCUCCUUGGUGAAACCAUUCAUCAUCAUCUUGUUGGAAUGGUGGAAGGCGGAGAGAAUGGACUGACUCCAUUAGGCCGAUAUAUUGGAAGCCUCGUAGAAGCGUUUUCCGCGAUAACCAGUUCGUUUGGACACACAGUGGAUAUGCGAGCGUUCACAGCUGGUGCCAUUGCAACAGGGAGCAGGGGUAGACCACGACUGGACAUCGGGCAGGAACAGCUGAUAUUUCUAGUUGAUCAUGGCUUUUCUGUUUCAUCGAUAGCUGAGCUACUUGGAGUGUGCAGGAGUACUGUCAACAGGCGAAUGCGUGAAUGGGAUCUAUCGGUAGCUCGAAGGUACGCAGAUAUAAACGAUGCCGAGCUGGACAGAACCGUGCUAGAGAUCAAACGGGGAUUUCCGGACGCUGGAUACAGUAUGAUGGAUGGACUGCUGCGAUCAAGAGGUAUUAUCAUCCAGCGACAUAGGAUACGCCUGUCGGUAGCUAGAGUUGACCCGAUUGGAGUUGCUGAACGAUGGGCUACUUCAAUUCCUAGGAGAGUUUACCGUGUCAGUGGACCUAAUGCGUUGUGGCAUGUAGACGGAAACCACAAGCUGAUACGAUGGCAUUUUGUCAUCCAUGGUGGAGUAGACGGAUAUAGUCGAAUACCCGUGUUUUGUAAAUGCUCUACUAACAACCGUGCGACAACAGUGUUGGAGUCAUUUCUAGAAGCUGUUCGACAGUUUGGGUUGCCAUCAAGGGUAAGGUCAGACAAAGGAAUGGAAAAUGUAGAAAUAUCAAGGUUUAUGUUAGAACACAGAGGACCAGGACGAGGCAGUAUGAUAACAGGACGGAGCGUGCAUAACCAACGGAUUGAGCGUUUCUGGAGAGACCUUUUCCAAGGAUGUACCUUUCUUUUCUACUUUCUGUUCCGGAACUUAGAAGAGUGUUUUCUCCUUGAUGUAACAAAUGGCAAAGAUUUAUUUUGCUUACAGUACGUGUACCUGCCCAGAAUAAACCACGCUAUUAAACAAUUUUGUGACGGCUACAAAAAUCAUCGACUUCGGACUGCUAGAAACAGUACACCUAUUCAGCUAUGGAUAACAGGAAUGCUGCAGGGGGCAGAACUUCGAAAUAUGGAAGACCUGGACAUUGGUGCAAUUGAUGGUUAUGGCAUUGAUGGCCAUGGACCCAUUCCAUUGAAUGGUCUAGAUGAUUGUGAUGUUGUUCAAGUACCGCAGAUAGAAGACGCCCUCUCUUCUUUGCAAUUGCAGGAUCUGGUCAUGCUGAUAGACCCAAUGGCUGAUUCUGACUGUCAGGGAGUAGAUAUUUAUGUUAGAGCCCGUGAAUUUGUCUAUGCUGCAAAUGCAUAAAUAUAUAGGUCAUGUGUAACAUGGAG